UGCAGGAGUUACCAUGGACGUUGCAAGCAUGACCCAUGUUGCUGCUACAGCACCUCUCAUUUCUUCUGGUAUGGUUUUGUUUUCUACUUUGCUGUUGGGUGAGCAUAGGAUUGUGUCUAUGUUAUGCAACAGAAGGCUGAUAUAGAUGUGUAAUAUCAGCCAGUGGCUGUAAUAGUAGCCAGGGACUGGCUGGAUGAGGAAGAGUAGUGGGAACCACCUGGCCAAGAGUCCCCCAGGAAAGACACAGAAGAAGACAACUUAGAUCCUGGUGGUGGGACACUGGAGAGCAGUCUGCAGAAGGGAUGAGCUGAGAGGUGCUAGAAGCAGGAGGUUCGAGCCAUCACGGGGGGAGGGGGGUCUGGAGAAGGAGGCCCUUCCAGGGCAGGGUUAGAGGCUGAAAGUCACAGUGUGAGCGCAGACUCAGAUAGAGAGGAAUCAGAGGUUACCCUUGCUACACAGCAGCAGAACAGUCACAGUCUUGCUGGCUCUCCUCCCCAUCUGAUACUCUCCUCAAGGAGAAUCCUGCAUGUUGCUGAGCAAUGGGCUAGACAGGCCCAGAAGAGGAGCCCACUCCCUUGGCACAGCCUUCAUCUGCUUUGGAGGGGUCCAGAGUGAGAGUCUAGAGGGGGCAAGGGCGGGGCUAGUGGUCAGUUUCAGCAAUGUCUCAGCUGGGUUAAGAUGAACCAGAGGACUCUACUGUGUUGUUAUUUUCUGUUAAUAAAAAGCUAAUUGCAUUCUGUGUCUUCCGUGCUUCCCUGCCUUGUGGUUGACCUGGGCUCGCUUGACAGCUCCUUGACACAGAGCAGGACUUUAGGUUAGCUCUGUAUGUUCCGCAACUUCCCUCACUCGCAGCUACUCUCUUUUUCUGAUUCAUCACAUGGGGACAGACAUUCACCGUCAAACACAGAGAUUUCUUUGGAUAAUAAAAGUACUUAUUGUGCUAAAUCCAAACAUUGGCAACCUCUGCUUUGUUGGAUAUUAGCCUCGUAUUUCCAAGCCUUAGGGCUUAGAGUAUUCAUGGCAGGUAUUAACAACAGUAGCAUGCAAUCUUAGUGUUCUAAAUGCAUUCUAAUUCUCACAUGUGUUCUAAUCUACAACCUUAGAAAAAAAUGAAAGGCACUCUCCAUCUGAUAACUCUUGUAUAAAAAAAUUAAGUAAGGGUUAACCUUCAUGUUUUGUACACAAUGCAUUGUGGACUAGAUACUUCAUACUGGGGAAUGUGAACAUCUGAACAUUUAGUGUGCACCUUUUAAAAGUGCCUUGAUAUGUGUGUGACAUGCAGAUAAAUUAUUCCUCCCAUUCCUCUUUCUCAAGUAUGAGUUCAUUGACUUAGCAAACAAUCAGUGAGCCUUCUUUUCUGCUAGGAUGCCUGUAGCAAAUGCUGGCCCACAAACGGCUGUCGGACAGAGGAUGGAGCAAGCUUGUUUUCUCCUGCUUCAGAAGCUAGGACCUGAACCAAUAAAGUUACAAGAAAAGACAUUCUGACUAAGCAUCAGGAAGAACUUUCUGACAGCAAAAGUUGUUCACCAGUGGAACAUACUCACCCUGAGAUGUGAUGGACUCUUCUUCCUUGAAGGUUCUUAAGCAGAGGUUGGAUGGCCAUUUGUCUUGUAUAAUUUGGUUGAGACUAGACAACCCUCAGCUGUACAGUUCCUAGGAUUCAUCUCCAAGAGAGAAACCUUGAUUGAGGUAGUUUAUUGCAUGGUGGAUAGCGCAAUGAAAAUGUCAACCCAUUAUAAGGCUGUUGGAAUUUGCAUUUUUUUUUCACGUGUUGGGGAUUAUUUAAAAUUAAACUACCGAUAUCAGAAUGCCCUUAUACAAAUGGUGUGACCUCAUUUAAUAAUUUGCAGAGUUCUGGUCUUUGUUGUGCCUCCAAAAGGAUACUGGAGAUGAUAAGAGGUUGAUGGUGCAGGGAAAGUGGUAAGAUGGAAGUUUUUCUCUCUCUCAGUACAAGAACCUGCAGUCAGCAAAUAGUUAAACCAAGGAACUCACUGCCUCAAGAUGAGGACAUGGCCUCCAACCUGGACAGCUUCCCAAGCUUGAUAAAACAAAUUCAUUCAUUGCUGUUUAUGGCAAUCUAGACAGGACGGCUCUGUGCUGUAUAGUUAGUGCCUCCUGCACCAUCACAGCCUUGGAAUGCCGGCUGCUGAGGAAGGCGAUUGUGAGAGCACAGCAUCCCAUGCGUGUUCGGCUUGUAGGCAUCUGACAAGCUUCUUUGGGAAAUGGGGAUGACGGACAUUUUGAUCUGGAGGGCCUUUGUUACGCUCUGUCAUCUUUCAUGUGAAUCAUGUGAAUACUAAUAACAAGGUAUCAUGGGGUGGACGGACGAUGACACAGAUUUGGCCCUGCUUGGUUUUUGUCAAGAAACUGCAACACAAUCAGUGGUGGAAUGUGUUUGUGACUUGUGGUGGAGCUGGGCAGCUCAGUUGGUUAGAUCAUAAUAAUAAUAAUUUAUUAUUUAUACCCCGCCCAUCUGGCUGGGUUUCCCCAGCCACUCUGGGCAGCUUCCAACAAAGAAUUAAAAUACAGUGCUGUUAAUCAUUAAAAACUUCCCUAAACAGGGUCCACGGCCGCAGGUUCGAUCCCUGCAUGGAACAACUGCAUGAUAUCCCUGCAUUGCAGGGGGUUGGACUAGAUGACCCGGAGGAUCCCCCUUCCAAUUCUAUAAUCCACAUUAGAGAAGAAGCGCGCCAACCCCCGGCGGCGGGGCGUGAUUCAACCCUGUCGCUUGGGAGUGUGCCGGGGUGGUCUCCCUGGAGGCCUUUCCGGCGCCUGCACACGUAGCAACUUGCCCGCCGCGAUCCUUUCCCCCCCCCGGGGUUUCCUUCUUGCCGACUUGCCUGCCUGCCUGCCGGGCGCAUAGGCUGGUCGGAGCUUGAUAAAGACGCCGUGGGAGUGAGGGGCGGGUCCCCUCUCACGCUUACUGGCUGCCUCCGGCGUCACUCAAGGAGCCGGGGCGGGGCUCGCGUGGAGGGGUUGGCCCAGCGCCUCUUCAGGAGCGCCUGGAGCAGCGCCCGGGCUCAGAUUGCGCUCAGGAGCGGCGCGAGCAGCAGCUGGGAGCGUGGGUGGCGGCGGCAGCAGCAAAGCGCGCGACGAGUCCCGUCGGACUUCCAAGGAGGGAAGCGCCUUUGCUGCUGCUUCUGAGGUAAAGGAGGCGCUGCGGGGGACUUGCGUGCCACUUUUGCCUCCAGCGCUGAGGAAGAGAAGGCAAGGAGCUCCAGUGCCGCCCUAGGCUCUCUUAUCUACCCUCUUCACCUCCCUCUCUUCGCACUGCCCUGACUUUCUCGCUCCUCUUGCUUCUUUCCAGAAGAUGGGCAUCCUCAGCCUCGUGCUCCUGCUCCCUUUGGUGCCCGCGCUGGACUUCAGCUACCACCACACGGAGGAGCUGGAAGCUUUCCUGAAGGCUGUGCAGAAGGACCACAGCAACAUCGCCCACUUAUAUAGCAUUGGCAAGUCGGUGCAAGGUACGGCUCCUGCUUCUCUCGCUCUCCUCCUCCCCAAGGGUGCCAACUUGAAUAAAAAAAAUUGGGGCGGGGGAGCAGGUAAUUACCAACCUUGCAUAGUCAAUAACACCCACACCAUUUCAAAAGCAAUGCCCAUCAAAUCGGGGGGGGGUGUCUUGGACCCCUCAAAUAUUUUAUUGGGGGGACUGAAGGGAUGUUGGUCCCUAAGAGUUGGCUCCUAUGCUCCCCCGUAAUGCAUUCGUGGACCAAAGGGGAAACUUAACUGGCCUGGGUAGGGAGAGAGGUAAUAACUGCCAGUCAUCUCCCACAGUCUGGUGGGCAGAAAUGCCUAUGGGACUUAGCGUGCCACAUGUCAGUGGCUUCUUCCGACAGAGUGAGCCACGCCCAAACCCCAUGAAAUCUCAACAGUGGGGUUUUCGACAGGACCUACCCAAGAUCAACCUUUUCUAGUCAGAGUCACCAAUUUGUUUAGGGCUGAGGUGUACAUUUUCUGUACGCUCGAACGCAGUAUAUUUUCAUUUCUCUGAAUGAACCGUCUGGCAUUCAAACUGUUUUGGAUGGGUUGGGGGAUAUUUCUGCCAUUUAGCCCAUAACUGGAAUGAUUAACUACUUAAAAUGCACUUUGCAAUACAUGGGUAAUACCCUGAAGCUAUUUUUAACACCUCCCCAAGGACCCUUCUACAUUAUUAUUUGUCUUUAUAAUGCAAUCAAUAUGCAAUUGGUACCAAUUUGUUUAGAGGGAUCCAGAUAUCUUUUCUGCAGCUAGUACAAUUUGCUGUGAGGGAAAACAACACUUUCAGAAUGCUCAAAUUACAUUUUCCUUGGCUAGUGGCUAUAGAUAAUUUAUCCCACUAGAAAACUUGCCUAUUAUAAUUCAACAUGCUACAGUGGUACCUCGGGUUACAUACGCUUCAGGUUACAGACUCUGCUAACCCAGAAAUAGUGCUUCAGGUUAAGAACUUUGCUUCACAAUGAGAACAGAAAUCGUGCUUUGGCAGCGCGACGGCAGCAGGAGGCCCCCACUAGCUAAAGUGGUGCUUUAGGUUAAGAACGGUUUCAGGUUAAGAAUGGACCUCCAGAAUGAAUUAAGUACUUAACCCGAGGUACCACUGUAUUUGGAAUUAUGUUGUAUGAUUACUGACUAGUACCUGCCCUAUGAUAUCAAUAGCUGGUAAGUGGCACCUCUCUCCAUGCUAUUUGAAAUUUCAAAAUAGCAAUUGCUUAGGUUUAGGUAUAUUGUAUACUUGUUCUGAAGGCAGUUGCUUCUACAGGUAGAUGGACUGUUUGAGUAUGGUACAGCUCAUAUACACUUUUGAGAAAGAAGGCAGAAACUGCGUGGUGACUACCUCCACUUAAGCAGUCCAUCUUAAUACUUGGUUAAGACGUACAUUUCAAUCAACAUGGCAGAAACUGAGUAAUCACAUUUACUACCCUAGCAAACAGAUGCAUAAAGAUCAAACCACACAUUAUGCUGGGAGAAGCAUAGCUGAUAUUUCUCUCUGUGUGUAUGUGUUGUUUUUUUCUGAAAUGCAGCUGUGGAAGACAGGGAACCUGCAUUCCCAGCACCUACCCUUACUAAAACAGAACAGAUGAAAGGAUUAAACCCUAUAACCUAGGCUACUGCUCUGAACAAAUUUGUAGCCCCACAUUAUGAAGUAGAAAGACAGGAUAUUAAAUCAUGGGCUUCCUUGCGUAGUGUGUUGUUUGUCCUCUAGAUGUAGAUUAGCUUUAGGUGGGACAGCAUAAUUAUGACAUUGUGAACAGGUGUCAGUGCCGGUCUACUUCAAAAUUUGAAUAAUUAUUCAUCACAAUACAUAAGAAGUUUGCCAACAACUGCUCACUGACAGGUAAUUAUUUUUUUAUUUAAUGAGUUGUAACUUUUAUCUCAGCAAAUAAACUGCUGUCUACAGUUAAUACAUGGUGACUUUUUAAAAACACACUAUCUAAAUUGACCUCUACAUAAACCGAUGAGUUCUGGUAGGCAGAGUACUCUGUCUAUUUGUUCCGCCACAGGAAAACCCAUUUAGGACCAAGUUAUUUGUACUUGUGCAAAUUUAUGCCAUGCUCCAACAAGUGUCAUAGGAAAAUUAAGACCAAAUACCGUAGUUUUUCCUUGCCUAAUGAGUGACACAGUUAUUCUAAGAGAAACAGCAUAAAGUUACAUUCUUGAGAAGUGCAUCAUCUGUCCACAUAAUCCUAUUUAAUCUGGGUUUGCUAGGAAUAAUCUGUAAUUGCAUGCACGGAGGCUUCUCAACAGGAAGAAGCAGUUACUGUGAUUUUAUCAUUUUGGGUAGAAAAUGUUAAAGGGAAAUAUGCACAGUGUUGUAUUUUGUAACUGUUCAGAAGAACAAUUGAACAAAACAACAGCAACAUUCUUUUAUUGUUUAUACCCCGCCCAUCUGGCUGAGUUUCCCCAGCCAAUCUGGGCGGCUCCCAACAGAAUAUUAAAAACAUGAUAAAACAUCAAACAUUAAAAACUUCCCUAAACAGGGCUGCCUUCAGAUGUCUUCUAAAAGUCAGAGCAUUGUUUAUUUCCUUCACAUCUGAUGGGAGGGCAUUCCACAGGGCGGGCGCCACUACCGAGAAGGCCCUCUGCCUGGUUCCCUGUAACCUCACUUCUCACAGUGAGGGAACGGCCAGAAGGCCCUCAGAGCUGGACCUCAGUGUUCAGGCUGAACGAUGGGAGUUUGAGACGCUCCUUCAGGUAUACUGGGCUGAGGCCGUUCAGGGCUUUAUAGGUCAGCACCAACACUUUGAAUUGUGCUUGGAAACAGUGAGAGCCAACGUAGGUCUUUGAGGACGGGUGUUAUAUGGUUCUGUCGGCCGCUCCCAGUCACCAGUCUAGCUGCCACAUUCUGAUUAGUUGUAGUUUCUGAGCCACCUUCAAAGGUAGCCCCAUGCAGAGCACAUUGCAGUAGAACAAAUCUUACAGUAGGAUGCAGGUUCCUUUACAUUUCUGAACAAGUGGCAGCUCUGUGAUGGGAAACAAGGUUGAAGAGAUAGUGUAUCUGAUUUAGGCAAUGCUCUGCCAGUCACAUAAGUUGGUACCUUAUAUUCCAAGUAAAUACACAUGUAUGUUUCUACACUAGAAAAUGCCACCAUUUUAUUGAAAAACACUUGAGUGCUUAUAUCUUUCAGUGGCUUUGAAAAUUACUUGGCCUGGAUGAUUCUCACCCUCUGCUGCUGAUUCUAAACAAAAACAUGCAGAGUGGCACAUAGAGUUUUAUGUGUAGGGUUCUGACUUCCCUGUGCUUCAAUUAGAACUUUUUAAUAAUUCUGACAUUAGUGUUAUAUAGUCUAGGGAUUCUGAAAAAAAGUUGGUUAAUUGUAAUGCAGAAUCCUUCUGCUUCAUGAUUAAUGUCUGUUGAGAUCAUGAUACAAAAAAAAGGAGUUCAUUGGAGGAUUAUACCAUAGUCAUUAAGUGAGCAACAUGCGGUGCGUUAAGAAAAUAUGACUGUAAUCUUUUCAAUUGUAGUUCUGUCAAUCAAAGGUGUUUGAAUGCGUAUAUAGCAGGCAUGUACCAAGUAAGAUAUACAUAUAAAAUACACAGGUAAUAAACAAUGCAAAAUUGCUCUCCAGAGGUAAAGACCAAUUAACCCGCAAAUAAUGUAUUACACUUACCUAUUGUCAAUAAUUCAACCAAAGCACAACUUAAAAAGACAUAGGCACAUAUCCAUUUUAAUUGACUUCCUUGGUGUUAAUUGUUUUCGCAACAGUUUUUGGCUUCUUGUCAGAGACGGCUGUGCCAAUUCAUUUGCACAUAUUUCUUAAAAUCAGUCUGGGUCCAAAGAGGCAGAAGGAACUGAACCAUGCUUUGGAGGUCAAAAGUGUCAUUCAACUUUUGUAAAAUAAAAGCUUCCACAGAUCUUUUUUCUAAUUCUCGAUCAAUGUACUCAUUAAUGCAUAUCAGUUGAUGGUGUAGCUACAGCAGGGCACAGGGAGAAGGGGAUUAGGAAUGACUAAGGCCCUUAUCCUUUGCAAAUAUGCACAUCCUGAAUGGUAGUGUGCAGAUAUGGGUGAAACUCUAAAUAAAUGGCAUAUUCAGAAUACAUAUUUUUAGUCCAUCUGAUUUCAAGUCCAUCUUUUCAGUGAGCAAGUGACCAGCAGGAAACUCUUUAUUACUGCAAGAGGGAAUGCCCUUGAGAUAUGGGGUUGUGCUACUUCUGCUUAAAUUGCAGAAGAAUGGUUAUGGAAUGUGUGCAUGAAGGCAGUUUAUUUGAAUGCUUCUGCAUUAAAGGUUCCCCCAUCAUACAUGAGACUUUGGCUUUGUUAUGCUGGUCACACUGUGCUUCCAGUUCCUGUACCUACCUGUCCUCUAGAAGUGGCAUACAAACUAUUGCUUUCCUUUUCCCCAUAGAAGAGAAUGGCAGUGGUUCACAUGAUCACCAGUGUCAGGAAUGGGAGGUGGGGUGUCGUUGUUUCCCAGCUGAAUAAAGCACUGUAGUGUAGCAUUUUGCUUUCUCCUGUUUUGUCAUUCAGUUGUAUGGUGGAGGCCAACCUUGCCCCUGAGCUCUGGCAGUGGGCACUCAAGCUUCCUUUGACACCUUCUUUGCAUCCCUAUUGCAGUUCCUGGAUCCAUUCCUUCUCCUCUGCCCAUCGUCAUGAGGUAUUUUGAUGUGUGUGUGCCUAAACAAAACGUUGAAUUCUGUACACACGUUAAGAGCAAACUCAUUUUCUAUGUACAGGCCCUUUUGGAGGCAAAGCAGCACCAUCCACUCAAGAGCAAGUUUUCAGCGGGCUGUGGAGAUCCUAAUGUUUCAGUAAUACAAAAAAUAUUUAGCAAAACAGAGCUGUGUAAGUGAGGGCAAUGGGACCUAAGAACAGCCCAGUGAGGGCUAAACAUGCUUAGUGUUCACAGUGUGCUGACUAACUGUUGUGGGGGUGGAAAACGAGGGGGAGUGAGAAAUAGGUUCUAUUAAACAGAAGUUCUAUGAAAAUGCAUGGCAGGUUGGAGCCUUGAACACUCAAAAAGUGUACUCCACAUUGCAAUAGUUUCAGGUCUCAGUUGUAGUUCAUUCAAUAAAGAAAGAAAGUGUGAGUUAAGUUUCCUGCAAAGCUGAUCACAUUCUCCUCCUUUUCCCCUCCCCACCUUUUACACCUUAAUUUUAAUUGCAUUUACUUGGAAUGAACGACCAUGGAAACUGAUGGGUCAUAGUUCCAAAUAGAUAUGGCUGGAAUUGAGCUGCGACUCAGAUGAACCUUGCUAAAACAACUUGUACACCUAGCUGGACCCUGUAGUAGGUAGAGGACGGAUGUAAUCUAGGUAUGAUUGCACCUCUAAUGUUUUGGUGCCCAUAAAUAUUCAUUACACACCCAUUUGCUUUGAGAAACAGUACAUUACUUUUACCCCUCAUAUCAGCUCAAGAAACCAUUACAAUCUGACCCAGAUAACGAACUGUCUGUGUCUCUGCUAAGUACAGGGUGUUGUCUGGCUGCAUUAACUGUUUCACGAUGAAGCGUCGUUUCAGCUUCUCUUUGUUACUGCUGAAUUUAUAUGCGUGAUUUACGAAGAUUGCAUUUUAUUACUGCUGCCGUGCCCUUGGUAUGGAAUGAGCAGAGAAGCAGGCAAAAUUUAAAACAUUUCAAGGGUUCCUCCUAUAACCUGGCUAGCUUCCUUUUUCCCAUUAAAGGGAAUUGUGGAAAUGCUACUUUUGGUUGUUACACCAAAUGCUGCUAAAAUAAUAAUAUAAAUAUUGGAUUAACAAGAGUUUGUUCAUUUUAGUACUGGAGUGUUGAAGGUGAAUUUUAAUAUGUUCCGUUUUGAUCAUGGGACAUCAUUACAAGGCGAUACAUCUUUACUAUUCUUCUAUUGUCUUGUGAAAGUUACUACCAGUACAAUGUACUGAAAGCAUGGUGUGUGCAAAGGUGUCCCAAAAUCUAUAAUGGGGGGGGGGGGGAAAUACCUUUAUUAGAACCAACCAAAACAUCACAAAAUAGUGAGCAAACUUCCAGGUUAUCCAGAUCCCUUCAUCAGGCUGGAUGAGAUCUGCAAAAUACUAGGAGGGGUACAUAAUAUAGUGGCAUUGUGUUAGAAGAACAAAAGUUUGCAGUGGAGCCUCUGCUAAGUCUGAAAAACUCGUCCCAGGACUUUGUAGAAAAAGAAAAGUGAGGGUUGACUCCAACAAAGUUACUAGAUUCUUUGAUAGAAGGGACUUUUGCUCAUCCGACAGAAUUUUCCCUUCACCUGCUCUUUCCCAACCCCCUCAAAAUCCCUGCCAGUGCUACAGAGCAGUGUGGGAAACCCCAAGCAGAUUUGGGGAAGGGGAGAGAGGGAAAGUUUCGUUGUGUGAGCUAAAUUUAUUCUGUAACUCCAGUGACUUUGUUCAACACAACUAGAGUGCUUACCUGUUGUGGCAUAUAUACACUCAUGUUUCUCUUGAAAAGGUGAGAGGGGUAGAUUGUCCACUCCUCUCUGUAGCAGUAUGUAAGCCUUUCCUUUUUAAAGAAGUUAUUUUGCCAGCUUUGAAUAAUAAUCUGUCUCCAGCACUGGGGAUUACACAUCUUCAAACAAGGGCCAAAAGGCUUUUCCACAUCUCAAAGCUUUCUCUUCCCAUUCCAUCUGUGCAGCCAAAGCACUGCUACUUGGAAUUGGUUGGCUGAUCCUAUUAGUUAAGAAACCAAGUCUAUACAAGUUCUAAUUGCUGGUCAUAGGUGCUGUGUAUGAAUGUUGAAAACCCAUCUCUCUUACCAAGAGCCAGAAGGAUGCAAAACAGAGAGAGGGUCUUGCGUGACUACAUAGCGAAGGUUUACGUCCUUGGCUUAGCAGGCACUAACAUAUUGUGAACAUCCUUAACUGGCCAUAUUCCUUCCACAGUAGCCGGGGAGUUAAGUCCUAUGGAAUUCAGUGGGACUUACUUCUUAGAAGACAUGCAUAGAAUUGUUCUAUAAACUGGGCUGAGGUUGGGCAAGCUUUUUAAACCUAAACCUGGUCAUGAAAAUUGCAUAGAGUUUUAAUAUAGAAAAUGCCAAAGCAGAUCCACACUCUGGGACUGAAGAUCUGUGUCAAACUUUCUCUAUACUUUCUCAACGGGUGCCUUCUGUGUCACACUUUUUAAUGCCUGCUAAGAGCUUUUCCAUUCCAGGAAGCUUAUGCAGGCAAUUAAGGGUACAUUCCCCACAAUGAUCUGUUGAUGUUUGUUUUUAAUUUCCUUUUGCUUCUAACUUGUUUUUAACUUUUUAUGAUGCUAUUGUUUGGUUUGGUUUUUAUAUUGCAAACUGCUGUGAUAUAUUUUUAUGAUACAGCGGUAUGUAAUUUAUUUAAAAAAAUGAAUACAUAUAAUUACUGCUGUCUUUGGAAGCAGGCAGAGUACAUUCGCUUAAGAAUCUUCACCACUCUCUGCAAGAUAUUUUAAAACGUCUGUUGGCUUAUUAGGUACAAAAUGAGCCAGCAGAGUAAAAAAAAAGUUGGUAAUAUGUUUACUCAUACAUAAAUUUCUGACUUAUCCAAGGAAUCUUCUGUAAAUCAGAGGAAGUAGAUGUUGUUUUUGAAAACAACUUUUAAUUUAUGUACAACUGUAGCCUAAUUGUAAGGAAUUGGGGUUAUUUCACUGCCCACAUGCCUUUACCACGUCCAUCCUAGAGCCUAUGUUUAGUUUCCAGUGGCUAAAGUAUAUAUAUAUAGAGAGAGAGUGUGUUAUAGAACAUUAUGCCAUUUUUCCUUUUCAUAGCAGAUUGGUUCUUCUUCCCCUUUUAUCGUUGUAACUGCUUUGAGGUCUUUUAUUGACCAAGCAGUACAUACAUUUUGUUAAAUGAACAAAUGGUUAAAUAAAUCUGUAAUGGAAGCAAAACUCCCAUUGACACCAAGUGGGAGCUUUCCUUUGGCUGCAAAUAGCAGUUGUGGAGGUUAAGUUGCUUCAGGGAUGCAAGCUGUUUCUUUGCUGCUUGUUCUUUUGCUGACACCAUCAUUUCCCCAGCCCCCUCCGUUUCCCCUCUUGUGACAGGGACGACUUUUGCCUGUUUUGCAUAAGGGUUUUCUGCCCUAUUGAGUCAAACAACGGCAGAGUGACAAACCUUUUUUAAGGCGUAGGAAGGAAUUGAGAGCAGAGCACAUGGGGUGGUGAGGUUUAAUCUUUCACAUCCCAGUUGCAAUUCUAACAAAAAUCUCUUCCCACAUUCCUCUUAGGGCUUUCCAAGAGGAAUCUCCCUUUUUCUAAAACUUUUCUAAAACUCAUAGCCACAUGGAUGAGGAUGAGUUUUUAGGGCAGGGGAAUUGUGGUAGUGGGGAGUUUAAAUCUUUAAUCUCACACAGACACUGCAGUUCUGAUUAAACUAACCAUGCCCUGCUCUUACUGUUUUUUACACCCUAAUGUUCUUUCUAAUUACAAGUUUAGCAUGGCAUCUGCCUUAGCGUUUAUAGCACGAUAGCCAAUUAUAAUCUAUCUACUCUCUUUUCUCUUAUGUCAGCAAGCUUCUAGUAUUGAUAUAAAUGACUGUCACUCCUCAGUAACCUUUCUGGAAGUAUCUUAGAUUUCAGGUCACCGUGUAUGUUAUGGUAGUUUCACUUACAAAAACCACCUUAUCCCUAUGACCACUCCUGUGUCUUGUCUGUUUCCUUAGCACAACAGAAUCCUCUUUUGGUGAUAAGGACUACAUAGAUAUUGAAAUAGGUAAACAUGCUUAGUAAACUUAGGUAAAUAAGUAAACAUGCAUCAGAUUAGGGUAGAUGUAAAGGGAUGAAGACCCUCAUAAAGUAUUCUGGAGACUCUCAAGCUGAUUUGCAGACAGUUUCAUUGUGACAGGAAAGUUUGGUAAUAAAAACUAAUAAGUAGCUGAAUGGUUAGGAAAGUUACAUCUCUACCAAAUACACUAAUGACUAAUGAAACAUUCUCACUGCACAAACAGCGGCCCGUAGUUCCUUUCAGUUAUAGAUAGAACUUAAUGCUAGAUCAACAUUGCUAUUUUCAGUGCUAUUUUCAGGACAAAGUUUGUCCUGAUGUCUGAAAGAACAUCAUGUUUCAGGUGUCUCACUCCUUCUAGCUUAAUAGAUACAGAAUGAGCCAGCAAAAAAAGAAGAAGAAAAGUUGGUGAUAUGUUUACUCAUACAUAAAUUUCUGACUUAGCCCAGGAAUCUUCUGUAAAUCAGAGGAAGUAGAUGUUUGUUUUUGUUCACAUAGCCUGUAUGUGAACUUUUUAAAAUCAACAGCAAUACAUGUACUGAAAACUGCUAAACAACACAGCAUUCACAUGGGCUCCGGAUCCUGACGGAAGGCAAUCACAAAAGUUUAAAUAUAAAAAAGCAGUGCAAUAAUCCUGUUUAUGUCCCUUCAAAACGAAGUCUCAUUUGUUUCUUUUGGGUUUACUCCUUCCCAGAUAUGAGUUCAGAAUUGCAGCCUAACUGUCUGAUACAACCAAGUGAAGCUUAAUAUUAUUUAGCUAAGUGUUUUGGCUUCCUCUGUCAGCAAAAUGUAACAUAGUCCAAUGCAUGUUUACUCCAAUGUAUACAAUAGGUCACACUCCCAGUUAAGCAUGUGUAGGAUUGGAGCCUCUGAGAGAUAGAGGGAGCCAAAAUUCCAUGUUAUUUAAUUCACACUUUUUACAAAAUAGUCACUUUUUGGGGGGUGGGAGACAGCCACAUGGCCCUGUAUGGGAAUGUGCUCCUGAUCUGGGCCCCUUCCUAGUUUGUUGCUGCUAUUUUCCAGCUGCUGUUUGCCCCCAGAGGUGUUGGUUGCUCCCAAAGGCACAGUUUUCUGCAAAAGCAGCUGGGCAAGUGAAUUGGUCAGCAGUUGGGUGGCAAUUACUAAGUGGGAAAUUACCAAGAAAGCCCAGACAGUCACAUCUGAUUUCGAAAGAGAAAACUUGAAAAAGAAUAUGAAAGGGAUAGGCUGAAAUUUAGAGUCGGGAUAUUCAAAUCCAGGGAUAGCUAACAUGACACCCUCCAAAUGUUGCUGGACUCCCAACUCCCAUCAGUCCUACUAUGGUGCUGGGAAUUGUAGUUCAGUAACAUGUGGCGAGCAGCACAUUGGCUACCCCAGGUCAAAUCUCUUCAGGAUGCUUAGAGGUUAUUUAGGAUAUAAUAUUGUAUUAUAUUUAAAACUCCAAUAAAACAUUUGCUAUGUUCAGCAGAAGUACAGAUAACAGAAUAGCAGUGUGGAUCUUGCGGAGAGUCAAGAAAUGCAAUGCUUCUUUUAGAAAGUGGAACUUUUACUCAAAUGAGGGUAGGGGGGAGGAAGAGAGACUCUUGCAAAACUAAUGCAAGUUGCCAGUAAAACUAAAAAUAGAAAAUGAGGACGUGUUGUUAAAAGCAUCCAUACAGUGGUACCUUGGUUGUUGAGCAAAUCGGCUCCUGAAUGCCGCAAACCGGACUGUUCCGGUUUGUGAACGUUUUUUGGAAGCUGAACGUCUGGUGUGGCUUCUGCUUGAGUGCAGGAAGCUCCUGCAGCCAAUCAGAAGCCGUGCCUUGGUUUCCGAACUGUUGCGGGAGUAGAACGGACUCCCGCAACGUUUUAAGUUCCACAACCAAGAUACCACUGUACAUCAGAAGCAGAAACAAGACAGGGAGGCAGUUGCACUAUUACAUGGAAAAGGUGGGAAACGAUUAAGGAACAAGGAUUGGUAGGUUCCAGAGAUGAAAUUCUUGUUACUGAUCUAUGUAAGAUUUUCGAUAAGUACCCACACCAAAACCACUUUCUAUGAAGAGAGACUCUGAAGAACCCAGGUGACAAAAGAUAAACUCAAGGACUGGUUGACAAAAUGAAAUCAAUGAGACACCAGACCUAGAGCUCAAAUGGGAAAUUAAGCAUUUUCUAACAAAUAAGUUCCUUUCCAUUAAAUCUCCUUGCUGGAGCAUUGGCAGGUAGCUAAGGGCUGCAUUCACACAUUACCAUUGUGUGAAGCCAAGGUUUACUCAUGGCUUCUUGAUCACGGUUUGUUCCAAUGAAGCAAACCAUGAUCCUUUGUUUGGACUUUAAACUAUGUUUGUGGUUUGUGGUACUUAGGGUAGAGCAAAGCAGAAGUGAUUUCCAUGUUUGCACAAAAGCAUUAAUUAUGAUUUAUCAUGAAGUAUGAAUGUGGUUGGUGUAACAGCUUUUUUUGUUUUGUUGUAAUGUUAUAUUGGGGGAACCUAGGAAAUCAGCCUAACCUCUUGCUGAAAAGCAUUAUGAAACCAAUAAUUACAUUAAAAAAAGAAAUGUUACUGAGAUAGAAACAGCAUGGCUUCUGCAAAGGGAAGUCUUGCAUCAUCAGGAUUUUAGAAAUUUUAAAUGGGUGGCAGCAAAUAUAUAGGGCAAUCUGAUAUAAUUUAUUUGGAGUUCUGAACAGUAGUCUUGAGAGACAAUGGAGUGCGCCUCCAGAGGUGAAGUCAAACCAUUGCAUUAGCAGCACUGAAGUGACCGCCCUGGAGCGCAAGCCUGGGCAGAGUGUAUGGAGGUCCUGGGCAGCUCAGUCCGCCUCGUAGUCUGACCCUGUGGUUGCCUUUAGCUAAAUUUGGUUUUCUGGUUUCUGACCAAAAAUUCAUGCCAGUUUUUGUUUGUUAAGAAAGUUAAUUCUCGUGCCUUAUAUGAUAUUCUGUUGCUUUUUAGUAAGCUCCUUUUUUUUGCUUUACUUUUCCCCAUUAUUCCUUUGCAGCUGAUUUCCUGUUGAUAUAUUUUUAAAGUCGUCUUCUGUUAAAUAAGUCUUUGUUUGUAGAAGUGGGUUAAGCUUUUAAGACUAAGGAAACAUUUCUGACAGUUUUUAUUUAAUAAUAUUGUUUAUGUUUUAUUUUUGGCUUGAGCUAAAAAGCAAUGUUUGGGUUGCAAUUCUGUACAUAGUUACUCACCCUUGAAUCCCAAUAAUUGCACCAAAAAAUUCCAUGGUGAAUUGCAGCCCAACUGCUUAUCAGUCAGGAAGAUCCUAUGCCUAUUAUUCUAGGAAGGGUUUUUUUGGUGGGGGGGGGGGUUUCAAUUGAGCCAAAGGAGAUAUAGCCCUUCAUUUGUUUACUUUGCAUUAUUUUGCCAUGGUGUAUAUAUAAAAAAAUUUCUUUUCCACUUAAAGGUAGAGACCUGUGGGUUCUUGCUUUGGGAAGGUUUCCAACCCAACAUAGGAUUGGCAUACCAGAGUUCAACUAUGUUGCUAAUAUGCAUGGGGAUGAGGUACGUCUACUACUUCAAUUGUUGUGGUUUCCUUUACAGCAUUGUUUGCCUGAUAUCUUGGAAGCAGCUGAGAUCAUAUACUCAUGGAAGUCUUAAGUUUUUGCCAAAUUGCUAGAGAUGCAUUUAACAUUUCUCUCUUUAGGGAUUCAGAAUCGAAGGAUGGAAGUGUCGUGGUGGAAUUGAAGAGAGAGAGAGAUGUGCUAAAUAUUAUCAAAGGGCCUGUCACACAUAAUAUUUAGAAGGUCCAUCUGUUUCGAUCAUUCCUCAAGACUGGGUUUUAGUCUUUCUUUACCUCAGUUGAUAACAGCUGAAGAAAACAAUAAAGGAGAGAAUGAUCCAUAUGAUCUUCCUGGUGAAUUUCCUGGGACCCCUAGGAAACAAACAAAUGACAGAAAAAGCCAUAAUCUGACUUACUUUGUGUAUUUUUGGCAGCCUUCAGUAAUAAUUCGAAAGAGCAUACCAAACAAUAAUUGUCCCGCUAAGUUCUCCAAGGCUAGUUUUAUCUUGUUGCCAAAGCUGAAUGCUGAUAACAUCAAUGUGGUUGAGACAGCGUCUCAAAUGGCAGCAUGAAAAGAAUGAUACAUUAUGAAAAUAAUGUGUUAAUAGUAAUCAGAGCUUUUUUGUAAUGAUAGUCCCUGGUGCAGAUUACCAUCAGCUCUUUCUCUUUGCUGCCUAUGGAUUGGAACCAUUGCGUGCUAGCAUUUAUCAAGAUAUUAGUACUGGCACCUCAUUAAAUUUUUUUUUUAAAAAAUAGCACUUAAUUGUACUUGGAUAUUAUGUGUGCAGGCCUUCUGUAGUAUGAUUAUAGUAAUAGCUAGUGUUUCCUCUAUUUUAACCUGGAGUGGACUGGAGCUUUUCUUGUCUCAUUCUUUUCUACUUUAACUCCUUUUCUCUUCAGAUGUAUUUCUUUCCUUUAAAGCAGGGGUCAGCAAACUUUUUCAGCAGGGGGACGGUCCACUGUCCCUCAGACCUUGUGGGGGGACCGGACUAUAUUUUUUUGGGGGGGGAAUAAUGAACGAAUUCAUAUGCCCCACAAAUAACCCAGAGAUGCAUUUUAAAUAAAAGGGAACAUUCUACUCAUGUAAAAACAUGCUGAUUCCCGGACUGUCCACAGGCCGGAUAUAGAAGGCGAUUGGGCUGGAUCUGGCCCCCAUACCUUAGUUUGCCUACCCAUACUUUAAAGUCAUCCAGGAACAAAUAAUGUCAGCAGGCUUUAUGCCCAACGUAUUUCAUAUGGACUGGCUGGAAUUUGAAAGUAAAGGCCCAUACAACCAUAUGGGAUCAGAUGCAAUUUAAAGAACUACAUUAAAUUUGUUGUGUUUUAGUAGAACUGAAUGGCACUUGAUGUUGCUGAUUACCUUUCUGUCUCCCCUUCCGCUGAACUCCCCCCCUUCUUCUACAAAUGUGGAAAGAAAUAAGUGUAUAUUAUAAUGCUGACUUCACUCAGCUCCAGUCUUUCCUUAAAAGUUUAUUUGAACUAUCAUGCAUUGACUUUGUUGGCAAUUUUUAUUUUAGAAAGGUCAAACUUUUAAGUGGGGUGGAUUAUUCUAUUUUGUCAGUAAUCCUGGAGUUUUUCUGUGCUUUGAUCCAUUUGCAUAAUAAUUUAUUUAUAAGACAUAUCUAAACAUUAGAGGAAUGCCUAUACAGUAGAAGAUAAUUAUUUUAAUUUAAUGGAAAUAUCUCCAACAGCAUCACAAUAAUAAUGAAAAUCCAGACUUUUUGGCAAAGUUGAUGAAGGUUUUUUUUUUUUAGUUUUGGCAAAAGUUGUUGAGCUUUUUGGGCAAAAUUGCUUCUUAAAAAUAUGUUUUUUAAGAGAUUUUUUUUAUGGAAAAACAUGGGUUGCCAUACGUCCAGAUUUUCCCGGACACUUGCCCGAUUUCCACCCGGACACUGCUGCUUCCCAGAUAUCCAGGAAAAUCCAGACGUAUUUGGGCAUGGAAGACAAUGGAUUUUGGGGCAAAUUUUUAAACAAAUUUCUUAAAAAUGUUAGGGGGAAAUAUUGACAGAUCCUUAUCUACACUCUGAAGUGCAGCAUGUAUAUAUUGGUCAGUGCAGUAAGGAAUAAUUGUGGAACGUCUGGGGUUGACUGUGGAGGAGAGAGAGGUUAAGCAUUUUGGCUACACAAUGGUUCCUUUCUGUGUUCAGUUCAUUCUCAAGUUUCAGUCUCAAUUCAAGUGGCUUGACUGAAGUGAUGCAUUUUGCAGGUAGAAAAAGCUUUAACAGUCGCACAAUGCUAAUACUGGAAGGGAAAGCAGAAUAUUUUGCAUACUGUAUUUAAAGAGAGAAAUACUGUACAAGUAGUUGGUUCCUCAAGUAAGGAAUUUGGAAGGGACGGGGAAAGAAGGAUCGAGAGCUGACCUGGCAGCACUAAUAAAUCCAUUAAAAUUAUAACCAGGAAGCCCUUUUCUAGUGUUUAGGCCUUCACCAGGUUUUCACCAUGAUCCAAACAAGCGGUGACAGAGCUUUCCCAGUGGCUGCUGUGGAACACCUUGGCAUUUGUGUUUUGCUUUUUAACUUUCCAUAACCAUCUGUAUAACUCAAGUACUUAUGUGGCUUGUCUGGUUGCAGUUGCUUCUUAACCCUACAGACUUAGUAGCUGGGGCUUUGGCCACUUCAUUCAUUUUGGGAGCGAACCAGUCCACAUGGCACACUCUGGACUUCGUUCAUCAAGAUUAUUGAUUGAUUGAUUGAAUUUAUAUACCACCCCUAUACCCUCAGGUCUCAGGGUGGUUCACAAAAUAAAAUCAAAAUAUAAAACCAUAAAAUGCAUAAUCAAAAUAACAACAAUGACAAUAACCCAAUAACACCCACCCCCCUGAGAUCUUCAGGUGUGCAGCAAUUCCACACAUACAUCUUAUGCGCAGAGAGUUCUUAAUCCUGUUGGGUGCCUAAAGAUUUUGGAUUCUCUUCCUGCAAUAGCGAGGACUAAACCCCCCCCCCCCCUCUCUCUCUCUCUAUGCUCAAUACUGGUUUAUUAUAUGGAUGUGAUGUCACCUAUACAGCUAACUUCAUAUGCUGCUAGCCAGGGAAAGCUUCAUAAUAAGGGGACUGUGUCUUACUGAGGGUACCAGGAAGGCAAAGAGAAGUUACCGUGGUUGCCUGCUUCCAGUGAAUUCUGGCAAUUCACUCUUCACAGGUUGAGGGAUAGCCUUUGAGGAGUUUGCAGGUUACAGAAAAGAAGAUAAGAGACUGGCUAGCUCAGGGUAAGAGGUUGAGGAUGUGAAUUUAUACAGGUAGGUGCCACAAUAACAGAAAACAACCUGCUGCCGUAACAAAAUGCUAUCUUAAUAUGGAUUGCAGCCCCUUCUCUUCCAAGGCACACUUCUCUUUCAUCCAGACCCGGGAAAAGGAGAUCCCAGCAUGUAAAUCAUUGUGUACUCCAAAAAACAAAUUCUAGUCUGAUUAAAAAAUAAAAAUAAGGACAAACUCUCUCUUGACAGCAGUGAAGCAAUAGCAUUGUUCUAAGUUGUUGCUGAUGGGGAGAGGCCUGACUGCGCUAACAAAGAAGCAUUAUUUUUAGCAGCGCUUGACAGUGCCAAUAUGAGCAUGGCUUUUUUUAAGCAAACAAACAAAACCACAUAUGACCCAUAUCAGGGUGGGUUGUGGGGAACAACAGGACGAAGCCUUUUGGGAAGUGUCUGCUUGUCUGCUGUGAGAUAUUUAUUUAUAUUUAUUUUACUUUGCAAUGAUGAUAUUCAAUUUGCAUUACUGAUGGGCUUACCAAAGGCUAAUUUUAUUACUUGGUGGUGUGUGGUUUUAAUUAUUUCCAUAACAUGAAACUUGUGUAAAACUAUAAAUUAGUUCUAUGCAAAUCGAACAAUACCAUAUUAUGAGUCUGUGGCACGGGUGAAGUAGGCUAACCUUGUUUAAAUGUGAAAAAUGAAGUGAAAAGGAAGGUAAGCCAAAUAGUGCAUUAGACAGCCCCCCCCCAAUUCAAUAGACAUGUUUAUGAAUUCACUGUUGGGGGGGGGAUAGAUCUCUUUUCCCGCUACAAUUAAGGGAGUAGAAAGAGGGACCAAGGAGCCAUCAGAUCCACUCACCACCCCAGGCAGGACCAUUCACCCUACUUUCCCCACACAGAGUACACUGUGCAAUUCACACCACACUGCAUUCUGAGGAAAGAGAAGGUGCACUGCAAAGCCAGUAGUUUCAGAUAAGGAUUUCACCUGAUGCCAGGCGAUUGACAGAGGCCUGUGGGAGUUGGUGGUGGUAAGGCACUCUAGUUCAGAAAGGUUCCCCAGUCCUAGUCUCGCCAUUCAUAAAAUACUAACCUAUUGAUUUCCUUGUGCUAAUUCUCACUUCUGUACGGUACUUUCCUCAUGUGUGGGGCCUGGCUUUUCAUUAAUUCCUCCUCCACCCCACUCCCCGCUGAUUUAGUAUGUUGAAUACUUACUUUAAUUGCUGUUUUAUGGCUUGGCCUAGUUUAGUUGCUGCUGUUUCUGUUGAUGUUGUUUUACCUUUGAAUGUUUAUUCCAUAGUUUUACUCUUUUCACUGUGCAUGUGUUGCUCUGCGAGAUUAUGCUAAAGGGUAAUUAUGAAUAGAUACCUGCCAACCUUUCUUUUCAUCCUCCUUUAAGGACUCAUGUCUUCUCUUGCAUUUCCCUCUUGAUGAGGCACUGCUUCCUCUGAAUAAUUUUUAUUGUCAGCUAAUUGUAGUAUAGGUUUAAUUGUAAACCCUUUAGUUAUGCCUAGCCAAGUUUUCCUUAUUCUGCCUAUCUCGUUCUUGUGAGCACUGCAAGCAGCAACCCGUGCAUUUUGUUCAUAUACAGCACAUAGUAUAUGUUUGGUGCUUUAAUAAAUAACUGUUGCUGCUGAUCCCCACAACAUCUCACAUUAUUUCCUUGAGGUUGCAGUUUGACACAGAACAACUGCUUCAGGAGCAAAUAGGCAUUAGAUCCCUACUUUAUCAUUCAUGUCUGAAUACAAAUACUACAAAGUUCCUCAGCUGAAGUGAGAUCAUGACGGUACCAACAGGACAAAAAUGACUUAUAUCUAACAAACUUUAUAAUUAGGCUUGGGGAAAUUGGCUGCAAGGGGAGCCUGUUUUCAAGCCUAAUUGCUGUGCAUGGCGGACAUUUUCAGAGGAGAUGAGCCUCUCUUCCCUCUGUGCUUUAACUCUCCUGCUGAACUGUAUGACACCGGCAAUUAGAAUUGCAAAAAAGUAAUUGGAAAAAAGCCUUUCAUGAUUAAAUGCUAACUAGAAUAUGCUCAUCAUCGCCUAGGAAAAGUGUCAGAGAUCCCACAAUAGGAAAAAACCUAGAACAUCUCCCUUUGUUUUUUUGUGCACCGUGGAAUGUGACUAGAUACAUGUUGAAGAGCUAUGGUGACAUUUAUAAGUGGGUAGGGUGGUGAUGUUCUGUUUUUGCAAUAGGAACUAUUUUUACGAUGCAACAUUAUGUCAUUGCUAAUCCUAUUUAAAAUGUUGAGACGGAAGCAAACAUCCAUGGAACUAUGUAUUAUCCUAUUAUGUCUCUGAGUGCCUACUUUGCUGGCUUGCUUGGGCCUGCCCAGCGCUGGCAUUCAGCAUUUGGAAGGUUUACCAGUUCUGCUCCAUAGUAAUAGACAGAACGGGACAUUUUUAGCUUGUGAUAUCAAAGUGCUUUCUGACCCUUUGCCUUUUCCUCUCUUGUCUCAUUUCUGCUUUUGUCUCCAUCCUUUGGCCUAACAUAGCUUUGCUUACAAACUUGGAUGACGCCUUACUAAGGGGCUGCUUCCUCAAAGUGUGCACAUAUAAUUCAGUAGCUGAGUUGGUUGUCUUAUCAUCCUGCCAGGUAGUAAAUAAAGUUGUUUCCAGUUAACACAUAGGUGAGUGUGGAAACUCUUGCCUGAAUCUACCUUUGGUCUUUUAGUAGGAUUCAGUCAUUAGGGAAUCAGUCAGGAGAGUCAUUUAAUCCAGAGAGACUAUGACAUGCUUAUUAAACUUUUGCCAUAUUCUCUGUUUUAUUUUCCUGCUGAAGUUUCCCUUCCUUUUAGGCAUAGCAAUUUCUGAAAUGUGUCCCAUUUCAUUAAAGAUCUGCAUUCAAGGUCAUUCUGAUUUGGUCAUGAGCAAUAUUGAACGAAGUAGAGCUAUGUAUUUUACAAAACCAUUCCAGCUCAACUAGAAAAUAAAAAUAAAAAUACAUAGUCUUCCUCUUGCCUCUCUGUUCCAGAAACCAGAUCUCAUCUGGCAGUAGCUAAAGUGCUGAACUUGUAGGAAGUCUACAGCAUUCCAAACUUUCAGAGUUGGACACUUUAUUACGCAGGAUAGUUUUCACUGUAACAACACAGUGUCUGUAGUAUAGACAAAAGAGAAUAGAAUGUGCUGGUUUAAGGAAUGUCCAGGGUACAUAGCAAUACAUUAUGAUAUUUAUCUGUGAAGUCCCCAAGAGCGAAAAAAAUUAUGCUCUUAAAUUUGCUCUUAAAUCUGUAGUUAAAGAAGUUAGAUUAGCUUCAACCAGAGCCCAGGGCCUUUUCAACACUGGCUCUGGCCUGGUGGAACGCUCUCUCAUGAGACCAGGGCCCUGCAGGAUCUGAUUUCUUUCCGCAGGGUCUGUAAGACAGAGUUUUUCCGCCUGGCCUUUGGCUUGGAGCCAAUUUGAUUCCCUCCCCCUCUUUCUUUUUCCUUCUCCUCCUGUGAUGAGGCUGCAUUUUAAUAUUUUAAUGUUUCAAUAUUUUAAUCUUGUAUUUUAAUCUUGUUUUUUUUAGUUGUAUUCAUUCAAUUUGUUUUUAUUGUUGCUUGUUAGCCGCCCUGAGCCCAGCCUUGGCUGGGGAGGGCGGGGUAUAAAUAAAAAUUAUUAUUAUUAUUAUUAUUAUUAUUAUUAUUAUUAGUUGGGCUACAACUCCAGUAAGCUCCAGCUACCAUGACCAAUGGUCAGGGGUGAUGGUUGUUGUGGUAUAAAACCUCUGAAGGGCAUCAGGUUGGGGAAGGCUAGGCUAUAACAUCUAAUUCUCAGGCUUGUGGUCCUUGCUGAAAACUGCUGCUUACUGUGAUAGGGCCAGCUCACACUGUGAAAAUGUUUCCAUUCAAUGUGUUUUGGUUGUCUGUUGCCAUAUGUGUGCAUAUGAUUGUGCGGGGAAUGUAAACAAAUACAGCUACAGGGAUUUUUCCACUCACUGGUGCUUUUCUCCAGCUGCAGUGAUUGGGAGGGAAAACUCAUUGUUCGCUAGCUGUGCCUGUGUCUGCGUCCUGUCUGGUUCACUUUCCACAUGGAUAGCAUUGCUUGGGCAACGGGUAUUUUGGCUGGAACUGGUUUUCAGUGGGAAGCCUCACCCAGGCCCCAAAAGCAUUCACUGGCACAGUUUUUGCUCAAGCCAUAAGAAAAGUAUCACUGUGUUUUUCUUGGCUGUUUGAUUUCUGGGGGAAAUAUAUUUUAACCCAAUUCACGUUGGCCAUCAUAUUCUGCUUGCUAGUUUUAGGAACACGGUGCUUUGUAUUAUGUAUUACCUUAUGUAUUACCUUUGUACCUUGGGCAAACUAAGAUCUGUGCUGCACCUUAUUGACCAUUGCAUUUAAAACACACACAACUCUGUGCUUCUUAAAACAGGCGGUCGGGAGGGAGUUGCUGCUCCAUCUUAUAGAGUUUUUGGUAACCAGUGAUCAGCAUGAUCCGGUCAUUACAAAACUCCUUGACAGCACCCGAAUACACAUCCUGCCUUCAAUGAACCCUGACGGAUUUGAAUCAGUAAUAAAUGCCAGCUGCGAGCCUCUUUUUGGCAGGUGAGAACAGAGCGAAAAUUGUUAUGGGGAGCACCUUAGGGUUUGCUUUCAAUAUGUUUCAGAACCCCACAUUACAUUUGCCCAAAGGCCUUCACCUUCUGUUCCUGGUUGCAGGACCUCAAACUCCAAGUUGUCUUGAAUCUGGGUCCUUCUAGGAUGGGGGUGAGAAAACAUUUCUUUAUUUCUCCUUCUCCUUCUUCCCUGUUAAAAAAAAAUAAAACGAUGGAAGAAAGAGAAAGAGAAAGAAAGAAGAGAAAAAAUAGCAUAUACAAGGAUACAAUAUAGUACACUAAAUAUACCAUAUUGGCCCGAAUAUAAGCUGCACCCGAAUAUUAGCCGCACCUUUAAAAUUGGAGGGGGGAAAAGAAAAAGAGAAAAAAUCUCCAAAUAUAAGCUGCCCCAUUCCUCGCUACUCCUGGCUACGUACUUGGGGGGGGGGGCAUGCUACGUUGCCGGCGGCCUUUCCCCGUCCUUGCUCUCUCCCUUCCUAGCCUUGGAGAGGAUGGGGAAUGACAUGCGGGGCGGGCACUGCUUUGCUGCGCUCCUGGCUGCACACCGCAAGGUUGCAAAUAUAAGCCUCACUGUAACUUUUCACGCUCGGAAUUUGGGGGAAAAGUGAGGCUUCUAUUCAGGCCAAUAUGGUAAUAAGUUACAUUUUCAUACAUUAUUCAGCUUUUAAAGGACAUCUGCAGGCAGCCCUGUAUCAGGAAGUUUUUAAUGUUUGAUGUUUUAUUAUGUUUUUAUAAUAAUAAUUUAUUAUUUAUACCCCGCCCAUCUGGCUGGGUCCCCCCAGCCACUCUGGGCGGCUUCCAACAAAACUCUAAAAUACAAUAACCUAUUAAACAUUAAAAGCUUCCCUAAGCAGGGCUGCCUUUAGAUGUCUUCUAAAAGUUUGGUAGUUAUUUUUCCCUUUGACAUCUGGUGGGAGGGCGUUCCACAGGGCGGGCGCCACUACCAAGAAGGCCCUCUGCCUGGUUCCCUGUAACUUGGCUUCUCACAGCAAGGGAACCGCCAGAAGGCCCCCGGCGCUGGACCUCAGUGUCUGGGCAGAAUGUUGUUUUUAUGUGUGUUGGAAACCACCCAGGGUGGCUGAGGCAACCCAGCCAGAUGGGUGUGGUAUAAAUAAUAAAAUGUGUUGUUGUUAGGCUGCAUUUUUCAUAUCUUCAGGUGCUCUAGUGGCAUGGGUGCUACAAAUGCUACCAUGCACUGCAGGGGUGUUUGAGUAGCACCUAGGGGUGGUUGUUUAAUUCAACCUCUGCUUACUCAACCACCUUUCCCAAUCCUUGAAAAGUAUGGCUAGAGGUUAUAGCUGUUUUAGUUUCUGUAUCAGCAGUUCAUUAAUUCUUUCAACUGGACCAGAUGCUUCAAGGAUAAUGAGGACUAUGAGGUACCCACUGGAUACUCCAUUCAUUAGCCUACCUGUUAAGUGAGGCCAAUAAUUGAUUAACUAAUCCUGAAACUGUACUAUUGCUGGUGGUCACUCAGCUUUCAGCUGACCCUCAUGCUGCUGAUAUUUAUUCCUGGAGCACAAACAGUAAAUCAAGACAACAAAGCAGGCAAGCAAACAAACAAAAAAACUCUGACAGAGUGUUCCAUUAAACAAAAAGGAAGAAUUCUGCAAAUGAUUAAGCUAUCUCCUUGAAAUACAAGAUUCUUCUGCAAUAGGCUUCCCGUAUGCAAGGGUGGGGAGAUCUUUCAGCCUGAAGGCCAUGUAUCCUGGUGAAAGAGACCAGAGGCAAAAACAGGCAGAACAACAUAUGAAAUGUUUACCUUUGUACAGUAGGCUAGUCUGCAUCUAUCCUCCAUUUAGGCAAGCAGAAGGCAUUAGUAGGAUUCAAAGAUACAAAAAGUUUGAGAACCCCUGCCAUAGACAGCUUAAAACUAUGUCUGAAUAGCCAACAGUAUUCUAGGGCCCUACUAAAAGAGGCCCUAAACAGACAAAUUGCAACCAAACAUUUGUAUCCUAAACUCACUCAUUUGAAAGUAUGUUCUAGAUAACAGCCUAAUAUAUUUUUUUUAUCCCUCUUAAGAUUCAAUGCUAAUAAUAAAGAUCUGAACAGGAACUUCCCGGAUGCCUUUAUCCUAAAUACUCAUGACAUCCAGCCAGAGACUGAAGCUAUAAUGAACUGGUUAAAGAAUGAAAGCUUUGUCCUCUCUGCUAAUCUGCAUGGCGGAUCACUGGUUGCAAGUUACCCUUUCGAUAAUGGCAAUUCAGGUAAGCUAUUGCUUGAGUGUAGGGUCACUAAACCUAUUGGCAACCCAUAGCUGAUGUUGCACGAUAUACAGGCAAAGGCAGGUCUUCAAUUCUGUCUAUAAUACAAAGUAUUUGAAGCAUUUGAUCUCGAUCAUAUAGACCUAUUUUGAACUCCCAUCAGCCCCAGCCAGCAUAGCCAAUAGUCAGAGCUGAUUAUUUACAUUCAAAACAGGAAUUCAUAACAUGGAGUCUACAUCGUCGCACCGGCCAACACUCCCACAGACAUUCAGCCAAGCCACAACAGGGCACAGUUACAGUGGUACUUGCUUUCCAGCGGUUCUCAACCUGUGGGUCCCCAGUUAUUGGCUACAACUCCCAUCAUCCCUGAGCUCUGGCCUUGCUACUUAGGGGUGAUGGGAGUUGUAGUUCAACAACAUCUGGGGACCCACAGGUUGAGAAAGGCUGCUUUACACUGCCUUUGAUCUAGUCUAGAGGGAAUUUGCUGUGCCAGUAAUGUAAGUUUGAAAAUUUGGCAAGCUAUACAUGCAGCAGGGACGCGGGUGGCGCUGCGGGUUAAACCACAGAGCCUAGAACUUGCCGAUCAGAAGGUUGGCAGUUCGAAUCCCCGUGCCGGGGUGAGCUCCCGUUGCUCGGUCCCUGCUCCUGCCAACCUAGCAGUUCGAAAGCAUGUCAAAGUGCAAGUAGAUAAAUAGGUACCACUCCGGCGGGAAGGUAAAUGGCGUUUCCGUGCGCUGCUCUGGUUUGCCAGAAGCGGCUUAGUCAUGCUGGCCACAUGACCCGGAAGCUGUACGCCGGCUCCCUCGGCCAAUAAAGCAAGAUGAGCGCCGCAAGCCCAGAGUCGGCCACGACUGGACCUAAUGGUCAGGGGUCCCUUUACCUUUACCUUUUAUACAUGCGACAAAUAGUGGCAGGAGUGGUCCGUCCCGCUUUGCCACCUGAGAUGUUGUGGAACUCACCAGAAACCACCACCACGCUUCUUCUCACUUCUCUGGCAGCGGGCAGAGCACACUGGGGGGUUCCACCACUUGAGGCAGCUGCCUCAGUUUGCCUCAUGGGUGAGCCAGCCCACAUUUUUUAGCAAUCCUUGUACUGGGAAGGAUUUCUAGCGGUAGCCAGAAACGUGCCUAUGCUUUUAUGUUGCAAACUAUACUUAUUAGUUGUGAUAUGUGUGUGCAGAAACCCAGGCAAACGCAAUCUACACUGUAACCAAAUUUCCACUGUGGUUACUUUCUUUCCACAGUUACUGUUAAUUUUCUGGAUGAGAGCCGAACUGUGGAUAAUGAUGUUUUCAUGCACCUGGCGAGAACAUACUCCGAGAAACAUGCCACGAUGCAUAAAGGGAAUGCGUGUAACUCUGUAGAAUACUUCCCAGACGGCAUUACAAAUGGAUAUCAGUGGUACAUGCUUCAAGGUAAGAAAUUCCCCCAUUGUUCCUAAGCGCUCUCCUCCUUUUUUUGUAUAUUCUACGCUGCGUACACAGGUAUAAAAACAAACGAAGCAAUUUAAAACAGUAAAAAUCCACAAAGCAAUAAAAAAAUACUGCAGCGACCCAGUGCAAAGCAAUACAUAAUACAUUGCAAUCAAACACAGUGAACACCUGCAAGAUCAGUAGGCCAUGGUGGGGGAGACAGGAUCCAACUGACAAGCCAAAUCCUGAGCUCUUCCGCUCCCCUUUCCCAGCCAUUUUGACUGGCUUGUUGGACCACCCACUUGUCAUUAUCACGGUGUCAGGUGGUCCAACAGAGCUUGCUGAAAGCACUGCUUAACCAAUGGGAGCUUAGUGCAAGCCCUGUUUUGGGCAGAGAUUGGCUACACUAUGGAGUUCCCAACUUGGGAACUUGGUAGUGCAGCUGAUUCCUGUGGGGGCCUGCUGUCAGUGCGUACAAGGCCUUGCUUGCCAAGGAGGAAUCAGGAGCACAUUUAAGGCACAUUUUGCAGCUGUUUCCUUACCUGCUCCGCUCCUAAUCUCUGCUUAGGCCCUCUGCCAGACCCUAUUUUGCCCAUGAGUAGGGGAUUCUCCACUACUAUUUUGGACCAAUUUCCUGGCAAAAAUUCAGAACUUUUGAAGUUCUUCAGUCUUAAGCUAGGUGAUGGGGGGGGGGUGAAGUGAGAUGAGGUGCCAAGUGACAUUUGCAUUCCAAAGUGGGUGCCCAACACACUUAUAGGCAUUGAAAGUCUUUUUGUAUUGAUAUGUGUGUGUGUAAGUGGCUUGGGGGUGUGGAGAAUAAAUUUUAUGAGGAUUGUGCCUAUUGUGUGCAUAGGUUGGAUAACUCAGGAAAGUAAUCCUACAUUGUAGUUGGUUGCCACUCAACCAGAGAAAAAAAUGUCCUACCCAUAUACCUUUUGCAGUCUUCUUGUUGGAAAAGUGAGCGGAAAGGUGUUUCCUUCUUACUUCAUUGACAUGAGCUUUUAAGCUGCAUGCAGCUGUGUAGUGGGAGUAGGAGACCAAGAAAAAGUGGGGACAGCCUAGUGCCAGUGUAAUAAUAAUAAUAAUAAUAAUAAUAAUAAUAAUAAUAAUUUAUUAUUUAUAUCCCACCCAUCUGGCUGGGCUUCCCUAGCGACUCUGGGCGGCUUCCAACCAAAUAUUGAAAUACAGUAAUAAUAAUGGCUUAAGACAAUGGUUUUCAACCAGUGUGCCGUGGCACCCUGGAUGCCUUGAAUGAUGCUCAGGGGUGCUGCAGGCAACACUGGCCUCUGUCCCUCUUUCCUUCCCUCCCUCCUCGGAUGCCGUCUUACGUUUUUGCCUCCCAAAGGCUUGCAGAACUGUUUGUUGCAGCAGCCCUGGCUAUGAGCUCCCCAGGCAAAUUGUGCCUCUGGGGCUGGCCAGGGGGUGCUUACCAGGCCAGUGUGGGGUGGUAUGAGGAGGCACCUCUCUUUGGGGUGGGGGGUGGGCAGCUCAGAGACCAGGGGCGGCAGCUGGGGCUGCAUGGAGGACCCCCAAGGAGAGGGAUGAGGAGAGGAGGCUGAGGGAGCACUCAACAAGGAAUGGUGCUUGAAAAAGGGUGAGAGGCUGCCAGCUCUGCAGGCAAGGGGUGACAUAACUGGGCUCCUGAGCCCCACAGGGGUGCAGCAGAAAGAAUGUAGCUGCGUCAAGGGAGCUGUGGACUCAAAUAUGUUGAAAAUUUAUGACUUAAGAGAAAACUGUCCAUGCUUAGUCAUUUGCCACUGGCAGAUUUUACAGGACAGUCUAGGGAGGAAGAAGCAGUGGGCAGCGGUAGCAGAACAACAAACUGAAGUGGCAGUGGCGGUGGCUGGAGGACUGGAACAAUGCUGACUUUUCUGCUGACAAGCUGUUUACUGCUCACAUGCCAAAUCAGCUUCCUGGGGACAUUUGUACCAAGGCUGAUGAGUUGAGGCACCUGGCAAAGGAGUUUAGGAGAGUAUUUAAAAUGCUAACUUUUUCUUAACGGCAUUAAUGCACACUAUGCAUUUAAAUAUAUACUUUAGGUGGGAUGCAGGAUUAUAGCUACGUCUGGGGACAGUGCUUCGACAUUACUCUGGAAGUAUCGUGUUGUAAAUUUCCACAAAAAGAUGAGCUUCCAUUCUUCUGGAAUGACAAUAAAAAUGCUUUGAUUGAAUACAUUAAACAAGUUCAUCUAGGUAAGAUGGCUCUACUCAGUUUUCUUUUAUCAUAGCUAAUAUUCUGGUUUUCAUGUGUUGUAAACAAAAUCUGCCCUUAUGCCAGUAUGGGGUACACAAGAGCCCUUAUAGAGUCCUUUGUAGGUUCUCCAUCGGUAGAAGAAAAUAACAGAGGCCAACCAGAGAAUAUUGAGAAUCAAAGCAGCUAGUAAGCCUGAUCUUUAUUAAACUGUUGCAGCAGGAAAGAGUUGCACACACAGGAAAGAGGAGGAGGACCAUGAACCAUGUGUGCUUGCCUUUAUAUAGCCAUUUUGAAAUUCCCUGCCCUGGAGCUCAAGACCACCCCUCCAUACAUCAUACCUACAUCACAAAAAGGUGGUCUACAACAGAAAUUUGAAUGUUGUUGUUUUUCCUGUCUGCCAGGUUAUCUGAUAACGCCUUAUCUGAUUGCCUUUCCUGGUAGUCUGGCCAUUCCUUUGAGAUGGUAAUUACCCAAUUCCUGAGACAAUGGGAAGGUUCCCUCACCCCCCUCCCUCCUUGCAGAGAAACAUUUGGUCAGUUUGGGAGUCAAAAUGGUUUCAGGACUGUCUUCCUGUGCUGCUUCAGACAUGUGGUUUAUAUAUGUAUGUAUGUGUUUGCUUGGUACAUUUAUGGACAUUUAUUAUAUAUAUAAGACCUUAAAAUUUUUAUUACACAUGUUGUGUAAUAAGUUCCUUAAAGAACAAUGAAGAAAACAUCUCUGAUAAAUAUUGUUUACUGUAAUAGGAGUUUUUACAGAUCUGCAUGCAAGCGCUUUAGCGUUCUAAUUAGUAUGGUAAUUGCUCAGGAAGGGGGCUAACAGUAAAAGAUUUCUGAGAAUGUGCUGCCAGAAAGCGACGGAAAAGGUUUCAGUUCUGUUUUGAAGAACAAAGCAAUUUUACCCAGUGAAAAUAGUAUGAGGAUUGGUAGUGUUCAAGGAAGAGAGGAAGGAGUCAGUGACUCUGCCCAUCAACUAGGGGACAGAUGGGGAACCUGUGGCCCUCUGAAUAUAGUUGGGCUACAGCUCAAGUACUGAGCUAGUUGGGCUAAUGGGAAACAGACAGCGACCGAAGUGAAAACAGAUCAAACUGAUGUGUACCAGGAUUUGCAAAAUCGAAUUGAAACACAGCUGUUUUUUCAAAGCAUGUUAUGUGUACAUACCUUUAGUGUUACAGAAGAGUACACUCCAGUGGCAAUGUUCACGCAUGACCCCCUAUUUACACGAGCAGGAAGCCAUGUUUGCAUGCUAUGUAGUGAAGCAACACUGCCCUCCCAUGGAUUGCCAGGGGCAAAACUUUUAAGCAGGCUAAUACAUCAAGUUCACUUCCAGACAUGGCCUGUUCAUUGAGCAUUGAGUUCUGAUUCAUUUUCAGAGGCAGUCAUAUGCACUCACAUCAAGCAUUUCCCUGUCACUCUCCUUAUUUAAUUUUUACGAAUUGUUUUGUUGUGCAGAUCCAGUUUAAUUGUCCAACUUGGGUUUGCCACUGUGUGGUUGAAUCCCACCCACAAAAGAGCAACAGUCUGGAAUCAUCUUAAUUCUGCUAAUCCUAAUAUUCAGAAUAAGGUUCUCCCCUCCUACAAAAACAAGUUUCUUCAAGUUCCCUUAAUUUAAAACUAGGUUUUCUCUUCUGGCAGUGGUGGCUAACUUCUGGCAGUUUAUUAGUAUUAUUGCAAUUUAAAAACAUACAGAUCACCAUAUUUUCUUCUUUAACGUACAAAACAUACACAAAUUCUGUUCAUUCAUCUAUCUAAUCUCAUUUCACUAAUAGUCGACUUCCUCCUACCCCUAUUACAGCUUCUUCAUUUCUUUUUAUUUCCUUAUCUUUGUAUUGCAUUCUAACAUGCUUUCAUCCUUUUCCUUAUAAAUUAUAUUCCUCUUAUUUUUUCUAAUUCCAUUUUGUAAAUACAAAUCUAUACACAUCCAAAUAUUGCUUUGAGAACCAUAUUUACACAGAUAAUUUUAAAAACAAUCCCAUUCUUUUUUUAUUUUUGUAUUCGAGUGGUUUCUUACUACCUCUAUCAAUUUGGCCAGCUCCACAUAUUAAUAUAAUUUCAUUUGCCACUCUUCCUUCAUUGGCACCCGUUCUCCUUUCCAGUAUUUGGCAACUAGAACUCUAGCCACUGUGGUUGCGUCCAGAAACACUCUUUGGGGGUUUUUUAAAAAGAUAUUUAUGGUCAUGAUGCCCAGUAAGAAGGCCUCUGGCUUUUUAAUAAAUGUUUGUUUGAGCAUUUUAUUUACCUCUUUAUAGACUAUGUUCCAAUUUUUUUAAAUUUGGGGAUAGGUCCACCACAUGUGGAAAAAGGUUCCUUCUUUUUGUUUACAUCUCCAACAUGUGUCCGUGUUGUUUAUAUAUAUUUUAGCCAAUUCGCAUGGGGUUAUAUACCACCGGUAUAUCAUCUUCAUAAAAUUUUCUUUUAUUAAAUAACAGACCAUGAAAUUUAGGUCUGUUUUCCAUAGUUUUUCCCAAUUUUCCAUUAAUAUUGGAUAGCCAAAGCCUUGUGCCCAUUUCACCAUAACCUCCUACACUUCUUCAUCUUUAAGUUGCCAACCUAAGAAUAAUUUAUGUUUUUGAUAAUAUUUUCCUAUUGUUUAUUAAUACUUCUUUCUCCAGUUUUGAUAUCUGUUUCUCAAAUCCAUUUUCUUGUCUGAUUUGAAGAUUUCCUUUAAUUGAUAACACUGUUGCCAAGCCAAUCCUACUUCAAGAAGUUAUUUGUUUUGUUAUUACAUAACAUUUUUUUUAAUGGUUCCUGUGUUCCCUACUUUGAUGCCAAGUUUUUUCGUGCCCCUCCCAUUUGUACAUUAAAAAAGAGACCAUACCCACAUUGAUAUGCUCUCUGCAGGGGAUUGUGGAUCAACAAAGCCCUUGGCCCAUAAAAGGUUAAUUGCCCUUAUGUUACUGUGUUUUGAGUCUGUACAUUUCCCCCAUACUUUGAAUUUACAAAUUUAAUAAAUUGGAUAGUCAAGCUUUUUUCCUAAUAAACAACAAAAAAUAUCCUAACCAGUACAAGCAGUAGAUAGUUCUUCCACUUCAGUGCUCCAUACAUGCAUUGCCAUGGCUUUUGUCCAGAACUUCAUUGGAAUUGUAGAGGCAUGUGCUAGUCUUGUUCUAGACUUCUAAGGAAGAAUAGUGAUUUUGCCUCCACUCAAAAGAAGUGUUUUGGUUCUUGUGUGAAUAUGUUGAGGAGAGGCAAGUUUCCCCCCUGUUCAUCUACACAAAUUCACUAUAUCCAUUAUUAUUCUUAAAGUAGCUAAAGGUAAAUUUCCUUCCCCAAUAAAAAUCAAAACAUCAGCCAAACAUUUCUUCUUUUGGAGAAUGUGCAUCCAAUACCUUAGCAAGUGUUUAAACAUGUUACUAUAGAAUGCAUUCUGUGACAAAGGGCUGUUACUAGAUUGCGAGUGGCUGUGCCAUUUGCUCCUGUUGCUGUACUUCCUUGGCAGAAAACUUUUCUAGUUACGUGCCAAAAUUGAAAAGAAAUGGCUUCUUCCUCUUUUGACUUCUUGCCAUAGGUGUAAAAGGUCGUGUUUUGGAUGAGAAUGACGAACCUGUUCCAGGUGUGAUAGUGGAAGCUGUCGGAAGGAGACACAUAUGUCCUUACAGAACCAACAAAAAUGGAGAAUAUUAUCUUCUCCUCCUGCCUGGCACCUACGCACUUAAUGUAAGUCAUCCUGUCUUAGACCUGCAAGCUGCUGUUCUGCUAAACAUGGCCAAAAUCCCUAGACAUUUAUGCAUGCAGGUUCUGUGCUCUUGUGGAGGGUGGGCUAGUUUUUCCUUCUGGUGCUAGUCCCCUUACACCUCAUAUGGGGACCAGGGCCUUAGGAGAGAAAGGGAACUGAAAACUCCUAUGCAGCAUUUUAGAUCCUCAGAAUGUGCAAUUUAAGAUAGGGUAGGACUGCUGUGCUGAUAUGGCAUCACAUACGGUACUUCUCUGCAAUGUGGACAUGGAAUUCUAGGCUCCAUGACGGAUUCAGCAAACACAUGUCCAAAAGUCAAUUUAUGAAUUAAAAAGGUAAUGCCAUCCUUCCAAAAGCUUACCUUAGUGUUUAAGGGAGUGACUCGCUUACACUCUCACUGAGGUCCUUUCCACAAUUACAUUAGGAGGGAAGAAAUUUAUAUAUAUUCAGAUUCCACUGUGAAAUUAAAAUGGUCUACAUAUUGACAAACUGCAAACAUUUUUUUCUAUCUUUAUUGGUCUUUAGGCAACAGCACCUGGCUCUAGCUCAUUGCUACAGGAACUGCAUAUACCAGACGGCAGAGCAAAGUUCAGUGCCCUCACGUAUGACUUUGUUGUCCCCCAUUUACAGACCAGACCCGAGCCUGCUUCAUGCCCCACAGAGCCCCUUUAUUCUUCAGAUUAUGAUAAAAACCAAUCUGCCACACUGAAGCCUGCUAUUACCUCCUUGGUUUUAGUUAAUAUCUUUUAUGCAGUGUUGAGAUGAAACUUUUAUGUGCAUAUAUAUUUUCAUUCAAAUGGACUAUACAAUCUUCUCUUGACAAUCAAAAAUUGGUUAUUUCAGCGUAAUGUAAUAAAGUACUGUAUUACAUAAAGUAUACGUUUCUUAAAGAGAGAACUAAAUGUGCUUUGUGCUUGCACAAAACUAUGCAACAGAAUUUGAUUAGCAUAUUGCUGGAUAGUGAAUUGUAAUAAUUUUUUAUUAAG